CGUGCUAUUUAGCUAACCAACUACUAGUUUAAUGCAUUUUUGCAUAUUUUGUUGAUAUUAUAAGUUAAGCGUGACGAAAAGAGUCCAGAGAUGUUGCGGUUACUCGCCUACAACUGCGGACGAAGCGACAUACACAGUCGCCACCUGCUACAGCAACUGCCACGCGCUAACGGCCAGACACCACUCACCACUGGCCAGCAUUUCAGUACAAGGCUACAAAAUGCCAACAAACUGAUAAGAAAACAUCUAAAAGACAGCUGGACGCGAUCGUCACCUUCACCAGCCAACACUGGACGGACUUUGCUAUGGAGUGGUGCUGCACUUGGCCUUGGAGUAGGCAUGCGCACCUGGUUAACGCAAUGCAGGCAAGUGAACUGCGAACCAAAUCGCCUGACGGGGGUUAUACAGAAAACGCUUGAACAGGAUGAGCAUAAGUUUGAUUGGCAGCGAUUCUGGUCGUACUUAGAGCCACACUUGUGGGAGCUUAUCGGUGCAAUAUGUGCGGCACUUAUAGUGGCCUUUAUCAACGUACGCAUACCAAAUUUGUUAGGUGAUCUGGUCAACACGCUGGCGCGCUAUGCCAAUACCUACGUCAUGGAUCCCGUGCACAAUUCCUUUGUGAAAGAUGUCAGUAAACCUGCCAGCAAUCUCCUCAGUCUCUACAUGUUGCAAUCGGGCUUCACGUUCAUAUACAUUUAUCUGCUUAGCCGCAUUGGAGAGCAGAUGGCAGCCAAGAUACGGCAAGAUCUGUUUAAGCAGAUCGUUUUGCAGGAUAUCACGUUCUUCGACGAAAAUCGCACCGGCGAGCUGGUGAAUCGCCUCACCGCUGACGUGCAGGACUUCAAAACAUCCUUCAAGCAGUUUGUUUCCCAAGGCUUGCGAAGUUCCGCCCAACUGAUCGGAGGCAGCAUAUCCCUGUUUAUGAUCUCCCCGCACAUGGCUGCUAUUGCCUUGGCCAGCGUUCCUUGCGUCGUGAUGUUUAUGACCUAUCUGGGGAAAAAGCUGCGUACAUUGAGCAAGAGCUCACAAGCGCAGUCCGAGCGGGCGACAGGCGUUUGUGAGGAGGCGCUGUCAAACAUACGUACUGUGCGUUCCAGCGCCUGUGAGUACCGAGAAAUGCAACUCUUUGAGAGAGAAACGAAUGAGGCGGCACGUUUGGCACAAGAUCUUGGCUACGGGAUUGCCAUUUUUCAGGGGCUGACGAACUUUUUCCUCAACACAUUGGUCCUCACAACGCUCUUUAUGGGCGGGCAUCUAAUGUCCACCGAGAGCUUGACGCCGGGUGCAUUGAUGGCCUUCCUGGUUGCCUCGCAGGGCGUCCAGCGUUCUCUUUCGCAAGGUUCCGUGCUGCUGGGUACCAUGAUACGCGGCAUAACUGCCGGCAGCCGUGUGUUCGAAUUUCUGUCGCUGCAACCAAAAGUGGAGCUGCUACGUGGCUAUGUAAUACCCCAGGAGCGUCUGCAUGGAGAAAUACGCUUUGAAAAUGUUUCAUUCGCAUAUCCAAUGCGACCCGAUCAUAUCGUGCUAAAGGACUUCAAUCUGACACUACGUCCUGGCGAAACUGUCGCACUGGUGGGCGCCAGCGGGUCCGGCAAAUCCACAAUAGCGGCGCUGGUAGAACGCUUCUAUGAACCUACCUCAGGCAAUAUAAAACUGGACGGCUACAAGCUGUCGGAUAUCUCGCCAUUCUGGCUGCGUGCCAAUGUUUUGGGCUUCAUCGAACAGCAACCUGUACUGUUCGCAACGACCAUACUGGAGAAUAUACGUUACGGCCGGCCAGAUGCCAACGAGAACGAUGUCUAUGAUGCAUCGAAACUGUCGCAGUCUCAUGAAUUCGUAUCAGCGCUACCCAGCGGGUACGCGACGAACGUAGGUGAGCGGGGCACGCAGCUGAGCGGUGGUCAAAGGCAACGCAUCGCCAUUGCCAGAGCGCUGCUCAAAAAUCCCAAGAUACUGAUAUUGGACGAAGCGACAAGCGCACUGGACGCCACCAGUGAGGCUGAAGUGCAAAAGGCACUUGACACAGCUGUCCAGAAUCGCACCACACUGGUCAUAGCACAUCGACUGUCGACGAUACGAAACGCGGAUUUAAUUGUUGUUCUAGACAAGGGUCGUGUGGUUGAGACGGGCAAACAUGACGAUCUGAUGGCUAAGCGUGGUCUAUAUUUUGAGCUGGUGCGGCAACAGGAGCGGCGUGACUUUGAGGAACAGGUGGAAGUGACAUUAACGGGCCGCGAUAAUAUGUCGCAAGGCUAGAGAUCCCGCCCGUUUCAGCUGUCUAGUGAACAAAAUACAAACGAUUCCCCUUAUACUUAAUUUAAUAAGCUCCUUUCCUUUUAUUUUUACAAAAUCACCUUGUUAUAUUUUUGAUUGACCAGCGGUUCCAGUUUUUAUGAUAAGUUACAAUAAAUAAGUGCAAAACAGUAUUGUUUUUGUUAA